GCAGCAGCACAGGAGCUGCCGUUUCUCGUCUUUCACGGAGGAGAUCCCGACAGCCGGAGUAUCAGCUAAACCCCAUACAGCCAUGGCAGAAAACGCCGGCUUGGAAAACCACCGCAUCAAGAGCUUUAAAAACAAGGGUCGUGAUGUCGAGACUAUGAGAAGACAUCGAAAUGAGGUGACAGUUGAGUUGAGAAAGAACAAACGAGACGAACAUCUACUGAAGAAGAGAAAUGUCCCGCAGGAGGAGAGUCUGGAGGACUCUGAUGUCGACUCAGACUUCAAAGGACAAAAUGUUACGCUUGAUGCCAUCUUACAGAAUGCUACCAGUGAUAAUGCGGUCAUCCAGCUCAGUGCUGUACAGGCGGCCAGAAAACUGCUCUCAAGUGACAGAAACCCUCCCAUUGAUGACUUGAUAAAGUCUGGGAUCCUGCCCAUUUUAGUCAAAUGCCUGGAACGGGAUGACAACCCCUCUCUUCAGUUUGAGGCAGCUUGGGCUCUGACCAACAUCGCCUCUGGGACGUCAGCACAGACUCAGGCUGUGGUUAAAUCCGAUGCAGUGCCCCUGUUCCUGCGGCUGCUACACUCUCCCCACCAGAACGUAUGUGAACAGGCUGUAUGGGCUUUAGGAAACAUUAUAGGUGAUGGUCCACAGUGCAGGGAUUACGUCAUCUCCCUGGGCGUGGUCAAGCCGCUGCUUUCCUUCAUCAACCCAUCAAUCCCCAUCACCUUCCUCCGCAAUGUCACCUGGGUCAUUGUUAACCUUUGCCGCAACAAGGAUCCACCGCCACCCAUGGAAACUGUGCAAGAGAUUUUGCCCGCCCUCUGUGUGCUAAUAUAUCACACCGAUAUAAAUAUCCUAGUAGACACAGUUUGGGCUCUGUCCUAUCUGACGGACGGCGGCAACGAGCAGAUCCAAAUGGUCAUCGACUCUGGAGUUGUUCCAUUUCUUGUGCCUCUCCUCAGCCAUCAGGAGGUCAAAGUUCAGACGGCAGCUCUGAGGGCAGUGGGUAACAUUGUGACAGGGACAGACGAGCAGACACAGGUUGUGCUCAACUGUGAUGUCCUCUCAUACUUCCCCAACCUGCUCACACACCCUAAAGAAAAGAUCAACAAGGAAGCAGUCUGGUUCUUGUCCAACAUUACAGCUGGGAACCAGCAGCAGGUCCAAGCUGUUAUCGAAGCUGGACUGAUUCCUAUGAUCAUUCACCAACUGGCUAAGGGUGACUUUGGUACACAGAAGGAGGCAGCGUGGGCCAUCAGUAACCUCACCAUCAGUGGGAGGAAAGACCAGGUGGAGUACCUGGUGGAGCAGAAUGUCAUCCCUCCGUUCUGUAACCUGCUGUCUGUGAAGGACUCCCAGGUGGUGCAGGUCGUCCUGGAUGGCCUGAAGAAUAUCCUCAUUAUGGCGGGAGACGAAGCCAGCACCAUCGCUGAGAUCAUAGAGGAGUGUGGAGGUUUGGAGAAGAUAGAAAAUCUGCAGCAGCAUGAGAAUGAGGAUAUCUACAAACUAGCCUUUGAGAUUAUUGAUCAGUACUUUUCAGGAGACGAUAUCGAUGAAGAUCCCAGCUUGAUCCCCGACACCACUCAAGGAGGGACCUUCAACUUUGAUCCAGCUUCCAACAUGCAAACGAAGGAGUUUAAUUUCUAAAAGCCAGGAUGUUUGGUUCAACCAGCUGCACGGGUACUCUGUAAUCACCCCAGACAUUCAUCCAUCUCUCCUCCAACCUGGCAACCUGGUACCGAAGGAUUUACCUAGCAUCACUUCAACAUGGAAACUCACCACUGAAGGAUUUACCCGCCCCACCUGUGCACUGCGGGGUGUUUUUUUUUUUUUUCUUUCUUUUUCUCUUUUUAAAAAAUGGUCAUCCUUCACUGAACACGGCAACCCUACACAGAAGUCCUGGUAAUUCAACAGGCACCGUCACUACCUGGCAACCUGCAUCAGGAGGAUUUUGUCUGCCAGAGCUUCUAAAUAUCACACAAAAAUAAAACCAGAAGGAAGGAGAAGCCUCCGUGGCAAGAUUGAAUUGCCAAAUGUCAAGUCUUCACAAAGGCAAAAACACAAGCACAUUUUCCGACACAAACACACUUACAUACACACUUUUUGACACUUAGGAUUUGUGUGCAUACUUCUGUUAGAAGCCAUCAUAUCACUUACGGGGAAGAAAUACUGCUGUUUGUUUGUGGUUUAUUUUGUGCUUUCCCUCCCCUGGAUUGUCCUCUGGUGUUACUUCACCUACGCGCACGCACACUGACACACACAUUUAGUCACACAGAUUCCCGACGGCCGGGCACCCCUAAUAAAACCUCUCUCACCCAGUUUAAAGAGUUAAUCCCAGAGCUAAGCCAUGAUUAACCACGGGACCCCCCUUGCCCUCCCUGGAGGGGCAGGUGGAGGGGUGAAAGGGCUCCGAGGCAAAAAGAGGACUCCGUGGCAAACUGACUGACGGGACUUCUGACUCAAUAACGUCACUUUUUUUAACGUGACCUCUGUUGAAUUAACAUUUGUUUAAGAAAAAAAAAAUCAUCAAAAAUGUGAAGAAAAUGCCAUAAUUCUUUUUUUUUUUUAAACACACAGA